AUGCGGAGAAGUGUUGUACAGUUGCUAAGUAUUACAAGUAUUGAAGUAUCUGAAAACAGAUUUAAAAUUUGCGUUAAAAAAAACCUGGCUGCAACCACUUUAAAAGUUUCGGCGGCGAAACGAUGGUGGCGAAUCGAAUGGCGGCGAAACGAUGGCGGCGAAAUGAACGGCGGCGAAACGAUCGCGGCGAAUAAAUCGGCGGCGAAAUUAACGGCGGCGAACUGGUCGCGGCGAAACGAUGGCGGCGAACUGGUCGCGGCGAAACGAUGGCGGCGAACUGGUCGCGGCGAAACGAUGGCGGCGAACUGGUCGCGGCGAAUAGUCCGGCGGCGAAACGAUCGCGGCGAAAUGACGGACUUCGUAUAA